ACACCAAUCGUUCAGGCCGGCAGCCUCAGCCUCCUUGCUAGUCCCUCCUCUCCCUCAAGUCACAAGUCUCCUAAACAAGAGAACUUCAUUAUUUAUUGCCAGGAGUUAAAGUGCUGGACAAAGUUAAUGCCGUCAUCUACGGAUACAAAGGCGAACCGAGGAGCACCGGCUAAUUAGACUCCAAUACCUAAAGUCUGUGGUGGAGGUAACAUGCCAGGAGGGGCUUUUCUCAGGACCGAGCUGGCAUCGUGCACCUGCAAACAUCAUGGGCAACAAAGACUUUAUGGUCAUCUAUACAACAACUUACAUGUAAGAUCCACAGACAGGAGACACCAGGUGACUUGUCCACCCAUAGGCCCUAGAGCUUUUGGAAAACCAUUCCAAGGCAUGAACACCUAUUCCUCACCCUAUUUUCAUUCCCAGAAUGGUUUUCAUACAAUACAUUCCGAGAACAGCCCAGUGAAACCAAAAAUUGUGACAGUGGUUAAACCAGGAAGUCAUCCUCUGAAAAAAAUUACAUUACUACUUAAUCGGAGGUCUGUCCAGACCUUUGAACAACUUAUUGCUGAUAUAUCAGAAGGACUUGGGCUCCCAAGAUGGAAAAAUGACCGUGUGAGAAAACUUUAUAACCUCAAAGGCAAGGAAAUUCACAGUGUGUCUGACUUCUUCCGCGGAGAUGAUGUUUUUAUUGCACUGGGUAGGGAGCAGCUCACCCUGAAGAGCAUUGAAAUUGUUUUAAAUGAACUUUAUCCUGAUAGGUCUUUUAAACAAAACAAGGAUUAUUAUGAAAAACUGAGGUGCAAAUUCAGUGAUAAUGGGUUAAAUAUUGAUAGUGGAUAUGAAGACACAGACACAACCCACAAAUUGGAGAAUAUUAUGUCUUCAACGGUAGUUAACAAAACUAAUAGCAAAACUCAUGGAAAGAGUAGGACUGAAGAAUCGAGGAGGCAAAAAAAACAUGAUAAAUUUAAGAGUGACCAGGAACACUUACCUAGAGUGAUGAAAAAACUUGAAAUAUGCCAUAGUAAACCACUUACCCUCUUGGCUACAAGCUUAGAUUAUACCACCCACUGUGAGCACUGCACAACUUACAAAAUAAAAAAAAAAUUAAACAGUGACUUUGGUAAUGAUACGCUAGAAGAUUUGUCAUUGACUGAAAUAUGUAGGAAACAAAGACCAGAGAAGCCAAAACCCACAUGUAUAGUUUGCCACAGCAGAACUAGGGUAUUGGGUAUGGACUAUGGUGAGGUAGGGGAAAGAGUGGACAGUGACAUGGAUCUAAACCAGAAUUCAAACUGGCCCCCUCAUAGAAUUCAAAGGCAGACAAAUGACAUAGAAACAAAGAGCAAAUGUCACAAAGAGAUAAAGAAAUGCAAUGGUGAGCAUCCUGACUGCUCUCCAAUAAAACCCAGUAGACGGAGAAUAGAAGAUUUCCUGGAAGAUACAAAAGAGAAUGUUCUAAUAAACACAGACAAAACAAUCACUGACAAUGAAUCCAAUAGUAAAAAGGAAAUGGCAAACAUUGCCCACACAACACAGAAGGUUUCUGGUGGGAAGUCAAGUACAUGUGAGGAAAAGGGAAUUUUACCUCUCAGCCAACGUUCUAUCAGGGACAAGAUGGAUAUUGAUAAAUAUUAUGAGAUUGGCAAGAGUAUUGGAGAUGGCAACUUUGCUGUUGUGAAGGAGUGUAGAAUCCGAAAUACAAAUCAAGAAUUUGCCAUGAAGAUUAUUGAUAAAGCCAAGCUUGUAGGAAAGGAAGAUAUUAUUGAGAACGAAGUUAGGAUAAUAAAAUUGCUCUCCCACCCUAAUAUUGUAAAACUGCUGGACAAUUUUGAGACUGAAAAUGAGAUUUACUUGAUAAUGGAGUACAUAAAAGGAGGGGACUUGUUUGACGCAAUAACUGAAAGUAUUAAAUUUACUGAACACAAUGCUGCACUUAUGUUGAAUGACUUGUGCGAGGCUCUUGGUUAUAUCCACGGUAAAAAUAUCGUUCAUAGAGACCUAAAGCCUGAAAAUUUACUGGUACAAAAGAAUCCUGAUGGAUCUUCCACUCUGAAGUUAGCUGACUUUGGACUUGCUGUGUUUGUCACAGAGCCUAUAUUAACUGUGUGUGGAACUCCAACAUACGUAGCCCCUGAAAUCCUCUCAGAAAAAGGCUAUGGCUUAGAAGUUGAUAUGUGGGCAACUGGAAUUAUCUUGUAUAUACUACUUUGUGGAUUUCCACCUUUCCGUAGUCCAGAACGCAAUCAGGAGGAAUUAUUUGAGAUCAUACAACGCGGAGAAUAUGAAUUUCUAUCACCUUACUGGGACAAUAUCUCAGAAGAAGCAAAAGAUUUGGUCAGCAGGUUGUUGGUGCUAAGUCCACUGAAAAGAUUUACUGCUAAGUGUGUUUUGCAGCACAGUUGGGUCAAGUCCCGUGGACAAAUGAAUGUUCGAAAUUUGCAAAGAGAAAUCACCAUGAAUAUAGAGCGGCAUUUCCGUAACCGUCGACAGAAAAAGGGCACACAAAGUGAUCUGUGAAAUAAUGGUGCAUUAUGGUAUUUCCUCCUAUAGUUAUGAAGUUUUUAUUUUGUGAGUAAAAUAUUAAGCAAUGUGCAGUGUCGAUCUGUUAUUGAGACUGUAUAGUGAGGUCACGUCCCACAGAAGAGCUUUCCUAUUCUACAUAAAGCAGAUGUAUUCAUUGUACAGUGAUACAUUCUGCAACUUACUAAUAUACCAUAUGUUGAGUUUCUAUUUCAAUGCUAUAGACAGGUUCUCAGUGCACAUAGAAACAUGUAGAAAAGCCAAGGCCCUAGCACUCACCAAGUUCUGCUAGAAACAUUGUUUAUUCCAUUUUUGGAUAUUAGGGUAAACAGCCUUUCUAGCAGAACUUUGUGAAUGCAGGGACCUUGACUUUUCUAUGAGUUUUCUAUUUUACACACCAUUUUUAACGUUUCUGCCUCUUAUGGUUAUAAUGUUCUGCUCCAACACCUAGUGACUUGUCUUUCUCGCUGCGGUUUGCAGUGUGCGUCCAAGGUUUUGGUCUAAACAGAAAACUCAGACAAUACAGUACAUAUAUAGGAUGCCACUUGGUAGUGGUACUAUGCAGUACAUACACACACACAUAUAUAAUAAUAAUAAUAAUUCAGGCUGCAUAAAGAUCAAUGAACUGUAUAAAGAGCAAUGAACAGGAUGAACAGAUGGCACAAACUAAUGAUGACUAUGGUAGACAGGAAUGAAGCACAACAUGAAAACACAGACAAAUUUUGAAUAGGCACUGUCAUUAAACAUUAUUUUAUUAUAUAGGCUUCUUUAAUGUGAUAACAAGUCACUUUGCAAUUUAGAUUCUGAUUAAAUUCUUACUGAUCAUAUAGUUUCUUUGGCCGCGAAGUAUUGGUCUCCCUUUCAUUCCUGGAUGCAUUUCGCGUCUCUGCGUGUUAAUACAGUAACCCCCCGACCUACGAUGGCCCCGACAUAUGAUAAAAUCGACAUACGAUGGCCUCUCAGAGGCCAUCGCAUGUCGAUGUCAGCAUCGACAUACGAUGCUUUUAUAUGUCGGGGCCAUCGCAUUAACUGGUAUCCGACAGUGCAAAAUGCUUAAGCUGCUGUCGGAUAGCAGUUUAAGCAUCCCUGGCAGGUUCACUUACCUAUUCCCGCUACUCCGGGUCCACUUCGCGAUCCUCCGGUGUCUUGCGCAUCUUCUCCAGGGUCCGGGCCUCGCUUUCCGGCGUCGUU